UAUUUCGUUGAGUGGUUCGGCUGCCAUAUUUGUGUGUGUCGACCUACGUUUCCUGUGCGCAUUUACGACGUUUGUGUUUUCUAAAAUACCGGCGGGAUGAACAUGAGCGUUUAUCUGACUGCGCCCCUGCAAAUCGACAAGAUUUGCCGGGCCUGUUUGUCGGAAAGGGGUGACAUGCGGCCGCUAUAUGGGGCAUGUCUCGACGAAAUGUUGCAUUCUAUCACUUCGCUCAAGGUGGCCGAAGGGGAUGGAUUUCCUCAUCUUAUGUGCGUGCAAUGCGUUUUACAAUGCAGCAGGGCCUACACGUUUAAACAGCAGUGCGAAAGAUCUGAUAAUAUUCUUCGAAAUUAUUUGUCGCCGGAAUUUCAGACAAAAUUGGCACAGAGUAUUGUGGACCAACACAUGAAAAUAGAAUUAGAAGAACAACUCGAAUUUCAAGGAACCAUAUCCAAUGUGACUGUAAUAGAAGAUGGCAUUACUGAAUUUGUCACAUAUUCUACUACAAACGAGUGCGAAGAUGAAUUGGUUAAAAAUGAAACGAUAUACACUUUAGAAGCAGCCAAAACUGCUUUGGAAGUACCAAUUGAGGCACUAAAGGAUACUCAGGAUCCGUUGUUAGAAACGGAACCACAGAAACUAAAAUACCCGUGCAGUAAAUGCGACGAAUCAUUCAACUUGAAGGUAGAUCUAAAAGUCCACAUGAUGACCCACCCUAACGACCAAGAACACGUUUGCACAGUAUGCAACAAGUCGUUCUCCGAGGCGCGAAUCCUACGUCGACAUUCCAAGAUCCAUUUGGAGAAGAAGCCUCAUCAGUGCGAUCAAUGCGACAUGUCGUUUGCCGAGAGUUCGAAUCUCAGCAAACACAAGAAGAAACACACCGGCGAGCUGCGAAAUAUCGAAGGUAAACCUCAUCUGUGUUCGUAUUGUGGGAGGGCGUUUAAGUGGGCGUCCAGUUUAUCGAAACACAUGAAGUAUCACACGGGACACAAACUACUGAGCUGUGAUUACUGCGGGAAACAGUAUGUUGAGGCCAGAAGUUUGCGAAUUCAUAUCAGGUCGCAUACUGGAGAAAGACCUUACUCAUGUGAUAUAUGUAAGAAGACAUUCACACAAUUUUGUAACCUGGAAAAGCAUCUUCGAGUACACACAGGGGAGAAGCCUUUCCUAUGUCCUGUAUGUGGGAAAGGCUUCACACAGUCCGGCUACGUGGGCAUUCACAUGCGAAUACACACUGGUGCUAAACCGUACGUAUGUCAGAUCUGCGGUAAGAAGUUCGCCGGCUCUAACACACUUACCAUCCACCAACGCACGCACACCGGCGAAAGACCCUACUCGUGCAAGCUUUGCGAUAAGUCUUUCAGUCGACACGAGACGUUGGUGAUACACACUCGGGUGCAUACCGGAGAUAAACCACAUGUGUGCAGUGUCUGCAAGAAAGGAUUUACGUCUGCCGGACAUUUGUCUGGUCACAUGAGAACGCACACUGGUGUUAAACCACAUGCAUGCCAGUACUGUGGUAAAAAGUUCUCCGGAUCUAGUAGUUUAAAGUCGCAUCUGCGCACUCACACUGGGGUAGAUACAACCAAACAAUUUAAUUGCAAGUUCUGUAAUAAAUCGUUUGCUGAGCAUGAUAGACUUCAGCAACAUAUGGCCGCAAUACAUCAAGAGAUUGAAUUAGAUCCUACAGAUUUGGCUAAGGUUGAAACAGUGGAACUAAUAACUGCGGAUAAUCAAACAAUACAUGUACAAACAAUAGGACAAUUGUAAAUAUAUUGUUAUAUAUUAUGUAAUACUUUAUUAUUGUUUUAUUUAUUGAUAAUAUCUAAAAUAUUAUUUAUAUCUGCUUAUUUUGUUAUAUAAAAGUGAUAAAUAUAUUCUUAUUCUGCUGAUAAAACGA